AUGAACGGGAGCAGCCACUCCCCCACUGCUAUCAAUGGAGCCCCAUCUACCCCCAAUGGUUUCAGCAACGGACCGUCUGCGUCAUCCUCGGCUGCACUGACCAAUCAGCAGCUGCCCCCAGCCUGUGGGGCCCGGCAGCUCAGCAAACUCUCAAGCGCUUCCUGACUACAUUGCAGCAGUUUGGCAGCGACAUCUCUCCGGAGAUCGGGGAGCGGGGGGUGCGGCCCUGGUGCUGGGACUGGUGAAUUCCACGCUCACAAUCGAAGAAUUUCACUCGAAACUGCAAGAAGCAACCAACUUCCCCCUCCGCCCUUUCGUCAUCCCGUUCCUAAAGGCUAACCUUCCAUUGCUGCAGCGGGAGCUCCUUCACUGCGCCCGCCUGGCAAAGCAAAGCCCGGCUCAGUACCUGGCCCAGAAUGAACAGCUGCUCCUGGACACCAGCGUCAGCGGCUCACCCAGCGACUCCUCCGAUCAGCUCCUACUGGAUGUGAAUGAGAACGGCAAGCGGACGGACACCUGACAGGACCAAAGAGAACGCACAGGAAGGUCUCCACCCGGAUCACCUUGCCAAGCGGCCAUGCACCACAAGCCCCGCUCAAAGAUACAGUCCCAGCAAUGGACUACUCCAUCCGCCCACCAAUGGACUCCCACACCCCCUCCCCCCACCUCCUACUCAGCACUACCGCUUGGAAGACAUGGUGCUGGCCCAUCACUACCGCCAUACAGACCCUCGGGAGCUGAGAGAUCGAUAUCGGCAGGCAGCUGUGCAUGAGGUCAUUGAUCACCGGCUGACAGACCGGGAGUGGGCAGAAGAGUGGAAACAACUCAACAAUCUGUUAAACUGCAUUAUGGAUAUGGUGGAGAAAACCCGGCGCUCGCUGACGGUCCUCCGCCGCUGCCAGGAAGCAGACCGAGAAGAGCUCAACCACCGGCCACGGCGCUACAGUGAUGCGGAGGACCUGAAAAAGAGCGUCAGCUCUGUGAGCCAGCCGGCGCGGCACCACAACAGCUCUUCAAGCACCGAGUCCUCACCAGCAGAGCCAUCGAGGGACUUCCUACAUAGGCCGCCGCCUGGCUACAUGCCUGAGGAGAUCUGGAGGAAGGCAGGGCUCAUCUUCACCUCUGAGCUGUCUCUCUGCCCGCACAGAGGAGGCGGUGAACGAAGUCAAGCGGCAGGCCAUGUCCGAACUGCAGAAGGCCGUGUCGGAAGCGGAGCGCAAGGCUCACGACCUCAUCACUUUAGAGAGAGCCAAAAUGGAGCGAGCGCUGGCGGAGGCGAAGCGGCAAGCAUCCGAGGACGCAGUCUCCGUCAUCAACCAGCAGGAGGACUCAAGUGA